CGCUACCAACAAACUAAGCAAAUGGCGGAUAUAAAUUUGUCAGCUUUCAAUACUUUACGCUUUUUAUGCCUUUAGAGCUUAGAUCUAGAUAUCUAGAAUCUAGAUCUAUAUACAAACAAUGCAUUUAUAAAUAACAUAAUAAAAAAUCAAUUAAGACCUAGAUUUAUAGAUUCCUUUUGAUUAAAGUUAUCGCAGACUAAGCCCUUAUUAACAUGGUGAAGCAACGAGCGGAUAUAGAAGAUGAUAGUACUAAAAGUAAUCAAAUGGCAGUUUCUUAUGGCAGUUUUAAUGAAUUGGAAAACAGAAGAAAUAGCGCAGGCUUAUUUCAAGAGAUAGAUAAAAAUCAACACCUCAUCCCAGUUAUAGAAGAAAAAUCUGAACCUGAGGUAGAUGAAGUUGAUUUAGACGCUAAACACCCAGUAGGGGAUGGGGCAGAUUCUUCAUCUUCUGAUGAAGAAGAAAAUGGCCAACAGGGGACGAAGAAUGUCAAGAAGAGGACAAUGAAGUUAAAAAAGUCUACAGAAACUCGCACAACGUUUGAUGGGCGUAAAGUUUUGUUUGUGACAUAUUUUACCCAGACUGACUGGAGAUGGAAGGACAGGGCGGAGAGCACAGGACAAGGGAAGCUACUCUCUUCUAGAACUGAAUUAAGUUCAGCUACCAGUCGAACUAGUUCUGGGUUCAGAUCAAGUCUUGCUAAGUUGGACUCAAGACAAACAUCUGGUCGGACUCACACAGGAGAUGACAGUGCUAGGGACGAUAGAACUGUCACUGAUUUGUCUCCCUUCUCCUUACAGCCAAACGAUGAGUUUGGGCUGCCAUUAACUGAUGACAGCUCGGAUUCUGAUACUUCUGAAGAUGGCUCCCCUAAAAAGUCUAGAGAUCACAGAAGUCGUUUGCCCACAGUAGGACCCCCUCUAAUUCUUAAAUACAUCAGGGAAUCUGAUUUAGCUGAGUUGGAUAAGGAAAAAGCUGAACAGGAGAGGAUACAGAACAAUGUGGAUCUGGUGCUGGAUGAGGAUGGGAAAGCCACGGGCAUGUUUGGCGGCACCUGUGAAUUUUGUGGAGCAGAAAUCAAACCAUUCCCAACACUGGAGCAACAGCUGAGCCACCCACCUGAAUCUCUGUACUGUUGUGAGGACUACAGAGAAUUCAUUGAAUUUGCCAUGACCACAGCUAACCGAUUGGAAGAGGAUGUCACUAAGAGAAAUGAGAUGAUCAGUGUCAAAGUUCAUGGUCACCAUGGCAGCAAACAAGCCAGACAGAUGGCCAAGGAGAAGGCUGUUCAAAGAAUGCAUGAGAGAGAACUCCAGAGGAGACAGCAAGAGGCCAGUGGACUGCGAGCCGCGUCCUUCCAAUACUCAAACAUGUUUCAAGAUGAUGAUGGCUACCUGGGAGCUGACCAGACAGAGGAGAGCUACCCCCCUGGGGCUGACCAGCCAGAGGCACAACCCAAGAAGUCGAAGAAGAAAACAGGGGACGUUGGGAAGGGGGAGGGGGGAGAAGGGGUUGCUGAAGCUGGGGGCGUUUCCGGACGUGCAGAAAAAAAAGUGCGGGGCAGUAUUAGCGAAUCAGUGGGUCACGGGUCUCAUCUCAACACCCAGACAAGGAACCCAGGGCAAGCCUCGUUUUCAACCUAUGGAGCUCUCAACAUGGAAGGGGCAAGGCAGAUGAAGACCAUCAACUACCAGCUCUCAUCACAGCGCUGUCUGGAGGAGGGCUGGACCCUCAGGGCGCCAAGUCCACUGGAACAAGGCGACGACAAUGAGAUGUUUGUUCCUGAACCCCUGCACCCCGCCAUGAUAGCCACAGGGAAGCUACACGGACGCCAGUUGAUCCAGAAAUUUUACCCUGAUGGCAGCACAUUCCUCACCAUGUUUCCUGAUGGCACCGGGCAUGUCUUCUACCCCUCAGGCCGCCUGGCCAUAUCCAUCAUAAGUGUGUCACUGGGCCACAACACCUACAUCGUGCAGGACGACACCAUCGACCCACAUAUCCUGGCUGUCUUUGAGCCCAGUGGCCUUGGAUCUUGCUAUUUUGCCAACGGAAAAAUGAGGCUCAACUACGACCAGCUGGGUGGGAUAGAGCUCGACUACUACGGGGCUCGCAGAAAAAAUUGGUCGUGGCGAGACCAGGAAACCCAUGUGCAUGCCCCGCCCUUCCAGCCAAUUGUAUUUGGGAUGAAUCGUCAUGUGGGCAUUAGAUUCAUGGCUCAAGAGACUAUAGCCUUAACAUUGACUGGGAAGAAAAGAAGUUGCAGAUUCAAUGUUGGUGCUAGGCUAAAGAUGGUUGGUACAGAGUGUCCUUCUGCCAAACCUGUGGAUGAGAAUCAGCUGAUCUUACAGGAAGUACAGGCUAAAGUCAAUGGUAUUCUCAGCAAGGUCAGCAACUUGCUCAAGUUCCCAAAGUCCCCCAAAGUGGACGCCAUCCUCCCCCCCAUCUCCGUGGCCUCCCAGCAGCAGAAGGUGGACAAGAAAAGACAACUCUACAACGCCAACCUUUCCAACCCAAGAAACAAACUCAUCAAACAGAACAAGUUACCUCCCUUAGACCAGCCCACUGUUUCUGUCAAUUAAUGUUUUGCCACAACUCAGUGCACACUUUAGUGCACACUUCAGUGCACAGCUCCUGCUUUAAAUCCUCCAACAAAUCAGUAUUGGUUGUUUCUUUGGUUUGAAUCUUUUUUUGUAUCUUUGUUAACAUCGACUAUUUUUAUCUAGCCUGUUAAAAUAUCAUUUUGAUUGGAUGAUGUAAAUUACCAAUGAAGUUUGAGGGCCAGACUAUUCCUAGGGCUAGAAAUGUAGAAAAAAAUCGCUUUUUUACCACAAUUUGUGAUUUUGUAUUAGAUCACAAAUAAUGUAAAGCUAUUUAGUGGAAUAUAUUUUUCUAAAACAAAUGACCAAUAAUUCUACUAGCAACAGAACAUGUAAAUAUCAGUGCUAUUUGUAUAUGAUGAAUCUGUAUUUGUGUACUUUUUAACCCCAAAUACUUGUUUGAAUGUUAACUUUUGUCUGUGAUAAAUAUUUCAGGUUAAUUGGGUUAAUUAAAGUGUCUGUAAAUUUUCUUGAACCAUUUAUGUCCCUGUUUGAAUCAAAGAAUAAUCAAAGCAAACAUUUAUAAAUAUUUUUUUUAUUGUAUCAAAUCUGGCAUGUAGGUAAACAGAAGUUGUAACAAUAGCAACAAGUGAUCCAGUCAUGGAACAAAAAGUUGUAUAAAUAGCAAGAACUAAAAAACAAAAUCUGUUUAAACUAAUGAAACAAUUAAGAAUAAAUUAGCCAUGCAGAUAGGCUGACCUAGAAUAGCAGUCGAGAAAUGAACCAACAAAAACUAUCACAAAACUUUUGCAACAUUAAUUAGUAAU